CAGGUACCACAAUGUCGUCUUUACAUGAGGGACGCAUUCCAACUCUUCGUUAUACGCGCCCUCUUUCUUUUGAGUAAUACCUCCAACUGGCGACUAUGAAAUUACAUUCUCCGAAGUGAUGCGUUGACACCCGGGGCCAUAAGCGGUCGUUAGAUCCAAUCCUAACCUCAUCACACGUCUCGCAAGGAUGGCAGUGAGGGCUAAUACCAACGCCCUCACUGGUAUGCCACGGAUUCAAGAUACUCUCCGUACACCAGAGGACCUCGAGAAGAUCACGAGUGUCAAAGCAGAAAUAAAUCGCCAGAAAGGCGAUGUGGACGCCAGAUUACGAGAAGGACUCAAAGACCACUUGGAUUCUACACAAAAUGGCAUGUCUACGCUGGCGGAAGGUCAGAAACUCGUGGGGCAUAUCAAGGAGGAAAUGAAGAGCAUACAUGAUUUGUGUGAGCAGGCGCAGGCGAUCCGUAAGAACUUCCCUCAGUUGGACUAUCUGGCUCGAGUGCAUCGCAAUUUCGAGGCCACGCGGGCCAUGCAGGCCGGACUUGACAAUUUUGAGAGGGACUGCUCUGUUGUUCGAGCGCUCCUUGAAGAGGACGAGAAUGAUCAAUACAACCAGCCUAACCUUCUGGAAGCGCACCUUCGCCUGACGCAGUUGCGCGACUUUCGAGAUGAAGCACUGGAUCAAAUUCGACGAGGCAAGGAUUCUAGUCUUGAACAGACAUUGCUCGAUUGGUUUCAACAGCUCGACGACAUCAUAGACAUGUUUGACAGCCACAUCGGAGCCAUUUGUAUGAACCUGAUCGAACUGACCAAGCAAGAUAACCAUGGUCUCAUCGUUCGCCUUGCCAUUGUGAUUGCCUCGGAGGAGAAGAAUGACGACCGUGUACGGGCGUUGCAGGAGGCGCAGAAAGAUCACCAGGAUCUGGUCAGCAAGUUCACAUCAUUCACCAUUGGGCCAAAAACGAUUCGAGGGUACAAGGAUAAAUUCCUGUCGGCCAUUAAGAUGUAUGCCGAGAGCCAGUUUGAAACGACAAGACAAAGCUUCCAGGAAGAUCCAUCUCGACUGGACAAGGCAACUAAAUGGUUCUUCAACGACAUCUUUGUCUGCAAACAAGGCAUGCAGAACCUCUUCCCGAGAAAAUGGAAGAUCUUCGAUACAUAUGUGAACAUUUACCACCAACAAAUGCACGACUUCCUACUUGAAUAUGUUGAUGCAGAGGAUCUGAGGCCACCACAAAUGCUAGCCAUCGUUCAUUACAUUGAUGUGUACUACCAGAAAAUGAGCAAACUCGGAAUUUCGCAGUCGCAGCUGAAGCCACAUGUACUCGAUUCCCGAGAAGGAGAUCUGAUACGUGACUACAGAAAUAUCAUCACCAAAGCUCUCAACUCCUGGAUUGACAGGAUGUAUCUUACCGACAUGAAAAAUUUCAAAUCCAGAGCAUCAGAAGCGAUAGAGCAAGAUCCGGAUGGCCACUUCAGAUCCAAGACGCUCCCCGACAUGUGGCGCAUGUUGCAUGAGCAAGCGGAAGCUGCUGGCGAGUCAGAACGUGAAGAUGUGGUCGAAGGCGUUAUGAGCGCCAUGUUCAGUGCUUUGAAAUCGAGACAGCAACAAUGGGAACAGCUGGUGGACGAAGAGGUGGAAAGGUACAAGAAUCCCACGUCAGAGCAACUGGAGACAUUGCAGCCACUGCAGGACUGGCUGCUUGCGAUUGCCAAUGACCAAAUCGCGUGUGUCGACGAUGCUGCUGGGGACGUGAUAGAUGACCCGACGGCGCAGAAGGGGUACUUGACGCGCUUCAGAGAAGACUUCGUCAAGCUAUCGACUCCUCCCUCCGCCAAGUUUAUGUCGACGAAUGGAGCAAGUGAGAUGGAUUCCCUACGAGAUGGCUAUGUCGAUUUGGCCACUCACUGCAUUUCUCGCUUCGUGCAGCUCAUCUUCCGUGUCGAUUUCCGCACCAUUCUGACGGAGCUUUUCGUACCGGGAAAAUGGUACGAACAAACGGCAAUGCAGCGAAUCACUACGACUUUCGACGAUUACAUUGGAGAUUACAGCUCUGUGCUGCAUCCGUCGCUGCUGGAUAUCAUGAUCGAAGAGUUAUCAGAUGCAUUACUGGUCAACUACCUGACCUGCAUAAAAUCAAACAAAGGGGUCAAGUUCAGGCGAGGCGAGCCUUUCCCGGCCAAAUUCAGAGACGAUGUCCUGGCGGCGUUUGCAUUCUUCGAAAAAUUCCCCGACAAUUUCAACGAGACGAUCAAGCCUAAAUGGAAGGCCGUCAACUUCACGGUCCAGUUGUUAGAAGCCGAUAAAAUGCAAGUGGUGGGUGUUUUUGCAGACUUCAAAAGAGAUUACUGGGAUUUACAAUUGGGCUGGGUCGAAGGGGUGCUCAAGACCAGGGACGAUUGGGAUCGUAGCAUGAUUACUGCGGUCAAGCAGGCGGCUGCCUCGACUUAUGUUGAGAGAGGAGCCGAUACGGUCAUGAGUAAAGUCAAAUGAACUUAAUGGGUGACCUCGAAUGUACAACUUGAUGUUCUGAAAUAUUGAACCGUUAUGGUUGUGAGAGACAGAGAUUUUGCCUUGGAACGAAACUUCUCAAUAUUCCAAAGGAUUCUUCACGGAGUUACAAGGUGAUAUCAGCGGUGCAUAGAGGGGAACGUGAGGUAUCGGAAGCUCGAGAUCAUUGUUUGAAUGUGGUGAGAUGAUUAAGACACCCAUUGUCAACAUGUUCCUGUUCCAAGACCAUUCCGCUCGUUCAACACUUCCGGGUAUCAACACACGCGAGAUCGAUCUUGGAUGGGGACAAUGACAAGCACAUGGGAGGUGCAGGAAUAUUCAGAAACUACAGAUAACUCUGUGAAUUGCAUCCACCGUUUAAGAACAGACUGUUGAGGUGACUGUGAGAGAAAG